GUACUGCAGUGGGAGUUUGAAAUAUAAACUGCUUAAGGCGGCCUUCCACUAUAGAAUUUGUUGGAAAACAUCUUGUCGAAAAUUAAUUUCAUUUGCCCACCAACUAGUGCGAACAUUGGCACGAACACAACGAAGGUAGAAUCAUUUCUAUUCUCUUGGAACACAACAUCGAACAUGAAAUGUCGAACCGAACAUUACCACCAACGACGACCACCCGCUUUAGGCCAUCCACGAUAGACUUUGUUUGGAAAACAUGUUGUGUUCGACGAAAUGGUUCUAUCUUCGCUGUAUUCGUGCCAACGUGUUCGUCAAUGGAUGGCAAGAAUUUAUACAUUGCCUGAAAAACGAGCCAGCGCUGUGGCAAGCUAAAAGCGAUUCUUAUAAAAAUAAAAAUUUAAGACACAAAUCAUGGGAAAAGCUCUUAAAAAAAUUUAAACAAAUUGAUGAAGAGGCAACUGUUGACACGGUGAAAAAGAAAGUCAAUUCGCUGCGUGCGACAUACAGACGCGAGCUGUACAAAAUAAAACGAAGCGAAGAUUCUGGCGCUGGAGUGGAUGAUGUAUACAAGCCAAGCAUCUGGUAUUUCAGCGAGUUGCAUUUUUUAUACGAGCAGGAGUCCGAUGUUGAUGGAAUCAAUACCUUCGAUGACGGCCCGGAAAUGGAAAUACCAAAGGCCACUAAACGCAAAUGCGAUGAAGGAGCUGAGCUCCUGCGAAAGGCAGUCGCGCACGUGGACAAUAUCAGCGCAAAAAAAACAAGAGAUGACGCUGAUAUUUUCGUUGAAGGAUGGGCUGUCAUGUACAGGCAGAUGUCAAAGGAGCAACAGCUUUUCGCAAAGAAAGGAAUUGACGAGCUCCUUAUGCAAGGCCAAUUGAACAUGCUUACUUAUCGAGGAGUAUCAAGUAUCAAUUCACAUUCAAACGCUUCAAAAGGGCGUAAUACGUCAUCCAGGCCGAUCUUCCCAUAUUGGGAUGAGCUACUCAGUAAGCUGCCGGAGCCUGAAGCAACAGCGACCGAGGUGGAGAUAACCAAUCUGCUGUUCUCUAAGGGGCAGCCUUAUGCCCAGACGGAGCAGCCAUCCGAUUAUUAAAUAAACUCGUUGUAUAUUUGAAA